AAGAAGGCAAAAGCUUAGGAGGACCACAGUGGGAACAGGUGAGCUUCCAGCUAUACGCCCCAGGACUGCAUCCAGGAGUGGGCAGGUCUUUCCGUCUCAGACAGCCAGACAUGAGCCAGCCCUACAGGAGCACCCAGAGCUCAGAGGCAUCAGAAUAGCCCUGUGUUCACAUCAAGCUCUGAAUCUACCUUAGGAAUUGCCGCUGCUGAAUGCUUCUCCCUAUGGCUGUGGACCUGGAGCCUUUAUAAAGUGAGUGAGCACAUCGUCCUGUCCAGUCUCAGCUGGGAAGCCAGCCAGCCAUGAGGCUCUACUACCUUCUCUUUGCGUUGCUCUUCUUGUUCUUGCUGCCUGUUCCAGGCAAUGGCGGCAUCAUAAGCGGGUUACGAAAGUAUUAUUGCAAAAUAAGAAGCGGCCGGUGUGCUCUGAUUGGCUGCCUUCCAAAGGAGGAAGAGAUAGGCCACUGUUCCCUGACUGGCCGAAAAUGCUGCCGGAAGAAGAAAUGAAAACUCCAGAAACACAAGGAGAAUGUCACAAAGCGUGAAAAUGCCUCCUUGAAGAGUCCAGAAGCCAAAUCAAAUUAAAGACUUUUUACAAAAAAUUA